AUGCCGGAAACCCUGCAGUUUCAUAUUUGGGACAGAAUUUCUUCAGCAAAGGAUGAAAAAUCUACAUUCUUCCAGUUCGGGGCCUCCAUCCAGCAGGAGGCGCUGCUCAUGCUCAACAUCAUGGAAGAGUACGACUGGCAUGUCUUCUCCAUAGUGACCAGCAAGUUCCCGGGCUACCAGGAUUUCACUGCCAUCCUGAAGAUCACGGUUGACAACAGCUUUGUUGGUUGGGACCUCCAGCACACCAUCACCCUGGACGCCGUAGACGGGGACUCCAGGACCCAGAUCCAGCUGAAAAAGGUGCAGUCUCCAGUCAUCCUUUUGUACUGCUCCAAGGACGAGGCGGGUUACAUCUUGGAGGAGGCCCGAUCACUGGGUCUGACCGGUUUCGGCUACAUCUGGAUCGUGCCCAGCUUGACCACGGGCAACCCAGGCAUCACUCCAGAUUCAUUCCCCUCUGGAAUGAUCUCUGUAUCCUACGAUGACUGGGACUAUCCUCUUGAGGCACGGGUUCGAGAUGGGCUUGGGAUUAUAACCACGGCAGCUGCAGCCAUGUUGGAAGAGUUUGGGGACAUCCCGGAGGCCAAAACCAGCUGCUAUGGCCAAAUGGAAAAAACCAAGUUGCCACCCAGCGCGUUACACAAGUACAUGAUGAACGUAACUUGGGAUGGCAGAGAUUUGUCCUUCACCGAGGACGGUUACCAGGUGCAUCCCAAACUGGUUGUGAUCGUGCUGAACAAGGACAGAGAGUGGGAAAAGAUGGGCAAAUGGGAGAACCAGAGUUUGACUUUGAAAUAUCCUGUGUGGCCUCGCUUCAACUCUUUUGGUGAUGCGGAGACAGACGACAAUCACCUGACCAUUGUAACUCUAGAGGAGAAGCCUUUUGUCAUUGUGGAGAAUGUGGAGCGCCUGACAGGCACCUGCAUGAGAAACUCUGUGCCCUGCCGCAAACACAUCAAAGACAACACCACUGAGGGAGGAGGAACGUACAUUAAAAAGUGCUGCAAAGGCUUCUGCAUUGACAUCCUCAAGAAAAUCGCUCGGAAUGUGAAGUUCACCUAUGACCUUUAUCUAGUGACCAACGGGAAGCACGGGAAGAAGAUCAACAACAUGUGGAACGGCAUGGUGGGAGAGGUGGUGUACAAAAAAGCAGUCAUGGCUGUGGGCUCCCUGACAAUCAAUGAGGAGCGCUCAGAGGCCAUCGAUUUCUCCGUCCCCUUCGUGGAAACAGGGAUUAGUGUGAUGGUAUCCCGUAGCAACGGAACCGUCUCUCCAUCAGCGUUUUUAGAGCCCUUCAGCGCGUCUGUGUGGAUAAUGAUGUUUGUGAUGCUGCUGCUGGUGACUGCAAUGGCUGUCUUCAUGUUUGAGUACAUCAGCCCCCUGGGCUUCAACAGGAACCUCGCUCAGGGCAAAGACCCCCACGGACCAUCCUUCACCAUGGGGAAAGCAGUGUGGCUGUUGUGGGGCCUGGUAUUUAACAACUCUGUGCCUGUGCAAAACCCUAAAGGCACCACCAGUAAAUUCAUAGUGUCCAUCUGGGCCUUCUUCGCUGUCAUCUUCCUGGCCAGUUACACUGCCAACCUGGCUGCCUUCAUGAUCCAGGAGGAAUUUGUGGACCAAGUGACAGGUCUAAGCGACAAAAAGUUUCAGAGUCCCUACUCCUACUCCCCUCCUUUCCGCUUUGGAACGGUUCCAAACGGCAGCACAGAGAGGAAUAUCCGUAAGAAUUACCCUGACAUGCACCAGUACAUGGUGAAGUACCAUCAGUCCGGGGUGAACGAUGCGCUGGUCAGCUUGAAGACUGGCAAACUGGAUGCCUUCAUAUAUGACGCAGCUGUGCUGAACUACAUGGCCGGUAGGGAUGAGGGGUGUAAACUAGUGACCAUUGGUAGUGGCUACAUCUUUGCUACCACUGGCUACGGCAUUGCCCUGCAGAAAGGGUCGGCCUGGAAGCGCCCGGUGGAUCUGGCCAUUCUGGCUAUUAUUGGAGAUGGUGAGAUGGAGGAGUUGGAGGCUCAAUGGCUGACUGGGAUCUGCCACAAUGAGAAAAACGAGGUAAUGAGCAGCCAGCUGGAUGUGGACAACAUGGCUGGAGUGUUCUACAUGCUGGCGACUGCCAUGGGUCUCAGCCUCAUUACCUUUGUCUGGGAGCACCUGUUCUACUGGAGACUCAGAUACUGCUUCACUGGCAUCUGCUCGGGCAAACCUGGCCUGCUCUUCUCCAUCAGCAGGGGUAUAUGGAGUUGCAUUCAUGGUGUUCACAUCGACAUGAAGAAAAAGUCAUCUGACCUGGACUUCAGUCCACAGUCCAACAUGCUUAAGCUUAUCAAGUCCGCGAAGCAGAUGACUAAUAUGACCAACCUCAGUGGCUCCAGGAUCAACUCUCCUAAACGUGGAGGUGAGUUUAUGCAUUCGGCAAGCCCCAUGAUCAUGGACAUGAUGGCAGAGAAAGGGAACUUCAUCUACACUGACAAUCGUAGCUAUGCCCAAAAGGACAUCUAUGGAGACUCCAGCGACUUACAGGCGUAUCUGGCAAACCGCCACAAGGACCAUCUGAACAACUACAUCUUCCAAGGUCAGCAUCCCCUCACCCUCAAUGAAUCAAACCCUAAUACUGUAGAGGUGGCGGUGAGUGCAGACACAGCCCAGACCAAUGCAAAACCCCGAGCUCUGUGGAAGAAAUCUGUGGAUACUUUGCGUCAAACUCAGGGGUCUGAUACCAUAGACCCCCGUUUGUCCAUGAAGAGUCAGAGGUACCUGCCAGAGGACACGGCACACUCGGAUAUCUCCGACUGCUCAAGCAGGGCCACCUCCUACAAGGAUCCAGACAAUAACAAGCACCUGAAGUCCAAGGAUAACUUAAAAAAAAGAUCGAUGACGUCAAAAUACCCUAGGGAUUGCAGCGAGGUAGAGCUGUCCUACUUAAAAAAUAAGCAGGGCGGAGUGGGCAGAGAGAAAAUAUACACCAUAGACUCAGACCGGGAGCUGAGUCUGCACUCAGAGUCACAGCACUACAGGGAAGGCAGAGGCCUGACAACUGACGAUUUGGAUUUUGGCGAAAUUUAUUCAGACCACAAUGACAAUUACAGGAAAUGCGACCAGCCCAUCAUCCAUCUCAACAGCAGCCCCCUACAUCAUAGUGACUCGGACCUUCUGCCGGACAGCGUCUACAACAAACAUUACAGCAUGAAGGAGAAGAAUCUCAGUCCUCACGAAAGCAACGACAGGUUCAAACAGACUCAUUGCCGGAGCUGUCUUUCUAAGGUAAACAACUACAGCACUGGGCCUUACGCUGCCAUACGCUCACCGUAUAACCGGUGCGAGGCAUGCAUCCACAUGGGCAACCUGUAUGACAUUAGUGAGGACCAACUGCUGCAGGAGGCCAUGAUCAGCCCUGGCAUGCACCACGAUGACAUGUUUAGCCACUACUGGCCUCAGACGGAUGGGCCACACGUACAGAGGAGGAACAGAUUGAGGCUCAGCCGUCAGCACUCCUUUGACAAUAUCAUGCUUGAGAAGCCCAAAGAAAUUGACCUGAACCGGCCGGCGCGGAGCGUCAGCCUAAAGGAGAAGGACCGCUUCCUGGAGGACAGCCCUUAUGCAAACAUGUUUAACAUCAAGGCUGACAAACUAUUCGGCAGCAGGUCCAUGCUCUUUAACCGAAACCUGGAGGAAAGCAAGCGUAGUAAGUCACUUUACCCUGAUCACCCCUCGGACAACCCCUUCAUGCAAUCUAUACGGGAUGACACUCGCCUGGUCCAUGGCAGGAGCUCCUCGGAUAUUUACAAACAGUUGGCUCCCAUCAAAACUAGGAACGAGAACAAUCUGAGGUCCUCUGUGAAGUCUACCACUUCAUACUGUUCCAGGGAUGGUCGAAUACCCAAUGACAUGUACAUUUCAGAGCAUGUAAUGCCUUAUGUAGCCAACAAGACUAGUGCAUACUCAGCUCCCCGGGUUCUCAACUCUUCGCAGUUUAGCAAUAGACGAGUAUAUAAGAAAAUACCUAGUCUCGAGUCAGAUGUUUAAUGCUUUUUUGUGUAGUUGAACUAUUUACUCACUUAGAAUGCCACAGUCACCUACAUCUACAAAGUACCCGAGAUACCACUCUUCUUAUACGAGAGCUUUCCAGAGGUUUUCAACAUUUUAAGAUUCCUUCUGGGCAGGUAUCUGCAGAAAGAGAGUUAGUCAAGUGUAAGCCAAUAAAAUGUGAUCCAGCAUGGAAGUUGUUAAUUGUCCCCAACACUCGGCCUAGUGCUAAUGUGUGCUCAAAACGUUGAGUGCUAGUGCAGAUGUGCCGCUUCAAGUCCGACCUGAAGCUGUGGUGGACUGAAGCAGAUCCUAGGGUGGGGUUUCAGGUAUUUGGCCCCACGUUGCAUGUGACAAGACCGUAUAUGUAUCUGAUGGACUGUGGCUGGAAUAGUUCCUGAUCUUAAGGCAAGCAAGGGUAUUUCAUCCAUGAAACUCAGCAAUUGCAUUUUUGCUUUUAUUACUAUAGACUUGGGAUUUUUGGCAUUCUAAUCCCUAUUUAGAAUUUAGACUCUUCUCUAUCUUAUUUGGUAGCACAAUAAUCAUUAGUUAACCGCCCACCUCUGCUUUAUAAACAGAACUUCUAUAUUCCUGUCAGGAAUAGAUUUCUUUUGCAUGUGUGUUUCUUUUCUUCUCUUAUUUCGGUUG